AUGGCAACAAAAACAAUAGAUCAUGAGAUCAUUGCGACCAACGUAGACACACCAAUAUCUUUACAACUGGAUAAAGAACAAGAUGCGCUUUAUGUAUUAACGAAUUAUCAAUUAACACGAAUUGAUUUAAAUUCCAAAGAAUAUCAAAGGGAGUUUGUUUAUCAACACAAAACAAAGGUUGAAGAAAAUCAGAUGGAUGAUGAUGAUGAAGAAGAAGAAGAAGAAGAAUAUUAUUCUCAAGGUGAAUCAGAUGGAGAUGAAGAUCGUGUUGAAGAUCCGUUUGAAGAUAGUGAACCAUCAACAGGUGAUGAUGAAGAUCGAGUAAUAAACCGAAGAAAUUGGCGAAGAUAUGGAUAUCGUAUUUAUCAAUUUGAUAAUCCUUGUUCAUUAUUAUAUUUACAAGACAAAAAUCAAUUCAUCGUUUUAAAUGAAGGUGUCAUUAAGUUCUUCACUAUUCAACUUGAAAACAAUCGACCAUUCGUACAGAGUCCAUCAAAACAUAUCUUUUGUUAUGAUUUCGAUGUUUUAAAAGAAAAUAAUCGAAGUAUUCAACCAUGGUCAAUAACAAAGACGUCACAAGAAGAUUAUUUUCUCUUUAGUUUACUCGACAGUUCGCAACUCUAUUCACUCGAUAUGACAAAUGAGAAAGCUCGAAUUGAAAAAUUCAUAACAACAGAAAUCAAUUCUUGUCCAUAUUUACAAUUUCAUCGUCAAUCAAAUCAAAUCUUUGUUUACGAUUCAACACAAAUCUUUACUGUUUCCAUUAAUGAGAAAAUACCGGUGAAACUUCAACUACCCUUCGAUAUCGAAGAAGGAAAAGGAAUAUCAAGUUUGACCAUCGGGAAAUCAGGAUUUGUUUNAGAAGGAUUUCCCGAAACAACAAUCCCUCCAAUGAAUGAAUCUGUCAUCACAGACAACGUCGGAAUGAUUUUGAUAACGAUGGUUUCGUAUUAUCGACGUACAAUGCAUCGGUAUGACAUAGAAUUAACACGAGAGAAACAGAUCAUUAGCAAAGACAAAGAAUUUGGUGGAAACAUGGAGUUUCUCGUUACUCAAAUCAUCAAUUCUGCGAACACCCGUUAUUUACUUGUCGUCGAAGCAAAACGGGACUCACUUGGAAAAGGACUUACCCAAUUAUUAUUAGCAUUGAAAUCUAUGUGGAACAUAAAUGAUGAUCAUAAAAUGGUUUAUGGAUUUGUAACGACUGCAGUCAACUGGCAAUUAGUAACAUAUGAUGGUCAAACAUGGAAAUUAUCCGAUUCAUCUACUAUUUUACUUGGAAAUAUGGAACAAAGAGAAGAUCAAUGGCUGGAAAAUAAUACACAACUAUUAGAUGCUAUUUACACUAUUUUGUCAUCGAUAUAA